AUGAAAGGUUCAACUACCCUCGCUUUUGCGCUCAUUCAAUUCAGUGCUGCUUCGCAGCUGGUGUGGCCCUCAAAAUGGGAUGAGGUUGAAGAUCUUCUGUACAUGCAGGGAGGAUACAACAAGAGAGGUCUCGCUGAUGCGCUAAGAACUUGCACGUUCGGAAGCAAUAAUCCUGGACAACAAAACACCGCCGAAUGGCUCCGAACAGCCUUCCACGAUGUCAUCACACAUGACGCCAAAGCCGGAACAGGCGGCCUGGAUGCUUCAAUCUACUGGGAGUCUUCUCGACCUGAGAACCCCGGCCUGGCCUUCAACAACACCUUCAGCUUCUUCCACGGCUUCUACAAUCCGCGCGCCAGCGCUUCUGACCUCACAGCCCUCGGCACAGUGCUCGCCGUUGGAGCUUGCGAGGGUCCCAACAUUCCUUUCCGUGCUGGUCGAGUCGAUGCUUUCAAGGCUGGUCCAUCGGGUGUCCCUGAGCCUUCGACCAACUUGAAGGAUACCUUCUCUGCCUUCACCAAGGCCGGCUUCACUAAGGAGGACAUGACUGCUAUGGUUGCUUGCGGUCAUGCUAUCGGCGGCGUGCACAGCGUUGACUUUCCCGAGAUCGUCGAGAUCAAGGCUGAUCCCAACAAUGAUACUUCCGUGCCCUUCCAGAAGGACAUUUCUUCUUUCCAUAACGGCAUUGUCACUGAAUACUUGGCCGGCACGUCCAAGAACCCUCUGGUUGCUGCAAAGAACGCGACCUUCCGUUCUGAUAAGAGAAUCUUCGAUAACGACAAGGCUACCAUGAAGAAGCUCGCGACCAAGGCUGGCUUCAACAGCAUGUGUGCUGAUAUCCUCACCCGCAUGAUCGAUACCGUCCCCAAGAGUGUGCAGCUCACCCCCGUCCUCGAGGCUUACGAUGUCCGCCCUUACAUCACCGAAUUGUCCCUUAACAGUAAGGGAAAGAUUCAUUGGACGGGCUCAGUCAGAGUCAAACUCACGAACAACAUUCGUAGCAACAAUGACCUCGCUAUCAACCUCAUCUACGCUGGUCGAGACGGCAAGAAGGUCACUGUACCCACGCAGCAGGUGACUUUCCAGGGUGGUACUUCUAACGGUGCCGGUCAGAUCUUUGCGAACUUCGAGUACGAUACCACCAUUGACGCCAAGAAUGGUAUCACCAAGUUCUGGAUCCAGGAGGUCAAGCCCUCCACCAAGGCGACCGUCACCCACGAUAACCAGAAGACCGGCGGUUACAAGGUCGAUGACACUGUCCUCUAUCAGCUUCAGCAGUCCUGCGCCGUGCUUGAGUCGCUCCCCAACGCACCUCUCGUCGUCACAGCCAUGGUUCGCGACGCCCGUGCCAAGGACCCCUUGACCCUCCGCGUCGCCCAUAAGAAGCCCGUCAAGGGCUCCAUCGUUCCCAAGUUCCAGACUGAGAUCACCAACUUCAAGGCUACUGGCAAGAAAUCCGCCGGCUUCACUGCGUUCCAGGCCAAGACCGAGUUCGAGGAGCAGAGCACUUACUUUGACAUCGUCUUGGGAGGCAAGCCUGCUUCGGGUGUUCAGUUCCUUUCUUCGCAGGCUAUGCCUGAUAAGUGUCCAUAA